AUGGUGGAGAUCAAGAGCAUUGAGGUCACCGAUGAAGAGGGCCAGUUUGGCUGGGGUGGAAGCACCCUGGAGGGCCAUACUGAGGCCGUGGAGGGAACUCUCAAUACUCUGUGCGAGCGCUUUGAGGGCUACGAGGCAGAUAACAUCGAACACAUCUGGCAGAUAUCCGGGCGCCUUGCGUUCUAUCGUGGCGGCCCCGUCUUCAUGUCCGCCAUCUCCGGCAUUGGCAUUGAUAUUGCCCCCUGGGAUCUGAAAGGCAACCGCAUUGGCGUCCCCAUACACCAGCUUCUGGGCGGCAAGUCGCCAAUCAAACCAAGGGUCAUCAGGAGCAGGAAUUCAAAUGCCACGGAGGACAUCAGCUGGCUUGAUUCUCCACGUCUCCUGGAGUCGAGUAUUGAGCACCUGAAGGCCGUCAAGGCCCUUGGCAUGGACGCUGCCCUUGAUUUUCACGGCCGUCUUCACAAGCCCAUGGUUAAGCAGUUGGCCAAAGCCUUCGAGCACAUAAGCCUCUCUUCCUGGGGGAGCCCCUUCUGUCUGAGCACCCCGAGGCCGUUGGGAUGUGGAGCGCUUCCUGGAAGAUACCACUGGUGCGUUGAUGUUCUCCGGCCCGAUAUCAGCCACUGUGGCGGUAUUUCUGAGCUCCGCCGUAUCGCUUCCAUGGCUGAGACUUAUGAUGUUGCUAUUGCCCCCCAUUGCCCUCUGGGUCCUAUUGCAUUAGCUGCUUGUUUGCGGGUUGAUCGGGCCACCCCCAAUUUCGUUAUCCAGGAUAUGAAUAUCGGUAUUCACUACAGUACCGAUGCCGGUGAGUCUGAUUUCGCCAGUUACGUCAAGAACUCCAAAGCGUUCGAUGUGGAGGAUGGAGUUCUUGACGCUUUGAACACCCCUGGCUUGGGUAUUGAAGUGGACGAGGAGGCGGUGCGCCGUGUGGCUCAACUACUGAGUCCUGGCAACCCAAGAACUUCUUUGGAUCCGAUGGCUCUAUUGGGAGUGGUAAAAGUCCGAAACAUUGUGCUGUGUUGGGACUGUACAUAG